UUUGCAAAAUGGUGUUUGACUUUUCAGAUUGUUUACAAGCAGUUUGUAAAGCAAAUAAUUACGAUUUUAGUGGUUCCUGCCUGUUUGUGUGUUAUUGGAUUAGUGUUAAAUUUAGUGAAAAUGUAAAAACUCACAUUAUUCAAUGUGUUUUUUAAUGCAAAACAACGAAAUUAGACCUUUUCAUGACCCACUUGUUGCGUUUAGGUUAUGAUGUUAUAAACAAAGCUACGAUGUUUCUAAAAGUACGCUUUAUCUCAUAAAAUUGUUUUUCUGAUCAAAAAAGGAAUGGAGGCUCCUGGAUUGAGCCUUUUCCAGGCCUCAGACAUUAUACAAAUAGGUACAAAUAGUAAUCCUGGUCAGGAAGAAGAGGAGGAGCAAGAAGAUUUUAAACGACGUAAUGAAGAGAUAAAAGAUCUUUUAACGGGUGCAUUUGACGAUUUGGAGGAAGAUGAUGCUAGUUCGAUUAACAGUAGUCAUUAUCAUGAUAAUUCUCACUAUAGUGAUAAUACAAAUUCGGUAAUAAAUUCAUCAUACCAACCAAAUUCCAAUGAAAAAGGUCCAACUGUUUCACAAUUACAAAAAGAUUUUGGUGUUUAUGCACAUAAUGAUGAAUCUUAUAAUCAUGAAGCUUCUUCAUUUCAUGAAACAACACAAGACGAGAUACGAAAAAAUUUACCCGAUAUUCAAAAAGAAUUUACCUUACGUGAUACAUCUUCAACUCCAUUUGUGAAAAAUAAUCGAAUUAACAGUACGGAAAAAAAGACAGUAGAUUCCCCAUAUGAUUUGCCACUUCCAACAAAUGUUGGCUUCAAUCAUGAACGUCGUGCUCAAAUUAAUGACGAAUAUUCAUUUCGAAAUAAUUAUCCCUACAAUUAUGACACACCAUCGAAUCAUUAUGAUGAGGACAAUAAUUUCCCGAAUAAUGGUUAUAUCGAUGGAUACGAUGAAAUACAUCAUCAAACAAAUCAAAUAAGUGAAUAUGGCGGUGGUGGUGAUAAUGAAAGAGCUUCUGAUCAUUUUAAUCAUUGUUAUGAAACAAGUCCUAAUGGAAGACCCGUGGACGAUCGUAGUGCAUACAAGACUGCCGAGUACAAUAGUAAAGAACAAUUGGAGGUUUUGUAUUCUGUGAGAAUGAGAGAAAUUCAAAGAUUGACAGAAGAUUUACAACAGUUACGCUUGGAGAAGGAAGAGGAGAAAAAUCAGCUGAAUAGGAGAUUAGCCUUGGCGCAAGCUGAAACCGAGAGAUCAAAUUUAUCACGAAAUCAGGCUCAAAAUGCUCUUGUUGAUGCAAAAGCUGAAAUUGCCAGCCUUCAAGGACAGGUGAAAUCCUUAAAGGAAAGAACUACUAUUUUAGAGAAAACCAACGAAAAGCUUAAUGAUGAUUUAUCAGAAGCGAGGAGUUUGGUUUUUGAUCUACAACAAAAGAUUUCCGUUCUCGAGAGAGUUCAAUCACUUCAAGCUAAUGAUAAAGCCGAGGCAAAAUUUCUUGAGCAGGCUCAAGAGAAACAUGCCAUCGAGGUGAAAAAUAUGCAAACUCAAAUCGAUGUACUUACAGAAAAAUUAAAAACAAAGGAAGAGGCUUAUAAGUCUUUCGAAUAUAAAUUAGAGGACAUGAGGAGAGCUCAUGAACAACUUAUGGUAGACAAAGCAGAUACAAUGAAUCGUUUGACGCAAGCAUUGGAAGAAAGUCAAGCUCAAUGUCAUAAUUUAAUGGCAAAUAAUAAGGGUCAAGAGUCAUUAAAAUUGCAAGCUGAAUUAAAUUUAGUUAAUCGACAAAAAGAACAACUUGAGAAAAUUAUUGACGAUUUAAAGCAUAAAUUAGAAUUAGCCAAAAGUGAUGCGGUGCAAUACGAUUCAUUGCUCAGUCUAACAAUGGAAGAUGAAACUGAUUCCAUGAGACAAUUGAAAUUAGGCGAAAUUCACAAUAAAUCAAAGAGCAAACCUUGUGACGACGUGACAAAUAAACUAAGAAGCGAAUUGCAAAGAUGCAUAGCUGGACAAGCAGUGAAAAGAAAGGAGAUUAAUCGACUGGAAAAUACACUUUCUCAAAAGGAAAAAGAACUCGAUAGAGCAACAACUGUCGCUGAAACUUGUCGUCAAGAAGCUGCACGUUUUGCAAAAAGAGUUAAUGAACUAGAAAUUGAACUCAAGUCAUUAUUAACAGAACAAGCAGCAAAGGCAAAUACUGAAAUAAAAAAAUUAUCCACACAUUUAAGUGAUGUUCGAAAACAAUAUGAAACGUUAAAAACCGAAAAAUAUGAAGUUGACAAGAGAUUAAAUGAAGCAUUAAAAGACAAUGAAGAGAUUAUUUCGAAAAUUCGUCAAGACACUUUAGCGCAAUGUGAAAAAGAAGCUGUUGAUGAAUUCAAUAAGGAAUAUCUUGAAAUUCACGAUAAAGCUGUAGAAAGAGUUAGACAAGAGGCACAAGUUGAAAUAGUGCAAUUAACAGUGCAAUUGGAACAAACACAAAAGGAAUUAGAUCGAGUCAAAGAAUUGUACAUAGAUGUUUGUGGUACAAAAGAGCAACUUAUAACAGAUCAUAAAAAUGAAAUAGAAACCCUCAGAGAGGAAUAUAGUAGUAUAGAAAUGCGUAAACAAGAAUUUGAAAAGACAAUUAAGGAUUUAGAAACGCAGACGAAAGUUACCGAGAGAUUGACAAAGGAGUCUGAAAGCUUUAGAAACAGAGUUACCGAAUUAGAAAAAGAUUUGGCUUGCGAGAGAAAAAGAAGAGAUGAACACGUUAAAAAAAUACAUGUCGAAAUUGAGCGUGCAAAAGAAGAGGCUUUGAAAGAACUUCGAAAUUCUCAUCCCGAUCAUCAGAUUAGCCUUCUUCUUCCUGAUUGUUCGGAACAUUUGGAUAAAAUAACACAGCUCGAAAAUGAUUGCAAACGAUUGGAGGAGAAAUUAUCAGCAGCCAUGGAGGAGCAAAAAAGAAUGACAGAUUUACAAACGGAAUUGGAGAAUCUAAGACUGAAGCUCGCACAAAUGGAAAUUUCACAAGAAUCAUGGAGACAAAAGUACGAAAAAACAUUGUCCGAUCAUAGUCAAUAUCGAUCAAAAAUAACAAAAUUAGAAAAUGCAUUGUCAAAUUCAAGAAAAAAUUCAACUCUAGAAGAUUCAAAUGACAAAAUCCUCACGAGUAUGUUACAAACAGAAAAUGAAACUUUAAAAAAUGAAAAAGGCACAUAUAAGGAAAAUAUUACAAAACUCGAACUCGAUUUAUCGGAGGCAAAGAAAACAAUUUUAAAUCUCGAAUGUAAAUUAAGAAGAAGUAGUGACAUUUCAAAAAGUGAAUUAAAAAAAGAAUUAGCCAGAUAUAAAGAAAUAGUUGCCCAAACAACAAUAACAAAUAAAUCAAAUAAUUCCCGUGACGAGAAAAAUAAUGAUUCACCCCUCGAACAACGUGUAAAGCAACUUGAAAAAAGUUUAGAAAUUAAAGAACAAAAAUUACAACGAUUAAAAGAUUUGGAGAAAAUAAAAGAAGACAGAGAUUAUCUUAUUGUGAAAUUAAAAAAUCAAGCACAACAAUUUGAACAAUUUAUCAAAAAUCAAAAACAAGUAUCAGCUGAAUUAAAUCUUUCACCACGUAGUUCUAAUGACUAUACAGAUAUGCAAAAAAUUAAAGAAAUAACAACAAAAGAAGUACGCGAAGAAAUGGAACAACGUGUUGCUGAAGAAUUAAAAGCAAUUGAACAAAAACAACGACAAAAUUUAAAAGAAAUUGAUGAGAAAAAUCGACAAAAACAAAAAGAAAUCGAUGAUAAAUAUAAUCAUUCACUUCUUGAUUUACGAAUGAAAUUGCGUGAUAAAACGAAAGAAACAGAAACAUUACGUGAAAUGAUGCUUGCUGAAAAAAUGAAAUUACACAAUUCAUUUAAAGUACAAGAGCAAAAAAUUACUCAAAUGAUUGAGGUAAAAUUGGAAAAAUUUAAUCAAGAACUAUUAUCGCGUAAAUGGCAAAUACAAGAAUUACAAGAAAAAUUGAAAUCAAAAGAAAAUGAUGUUGAAGAAGAACGAAAUACAAUGGCGCAAGUUAUGACUGAAUGGGCUGCAGAAAUACGUCAAGUUAAAGCAAAAGAAGUUGAAGCAACGGAAGAAUUACGUAAAAUGAAAGAACGUGAAGAUCAAUUAAGUGUCGAAAUUAAAGAAUUGAAAGAAAAAGAAAAAGAAUUGCAAAUAAGUGUAAAAAAUUGGAAUAAAAAAUAUCAGUCGGCUAAAGAAAGUGCAAAUAAUUAUAAGGAAUAUGCGGCAAGGAAAGAAAAAUAUUUUCACGAUGAAUGCAGACGUUUAGAUGAGGGCUACAAUAAAGCAAUGAAAGAAGUGGAACGAAAAGUCGAGGCAAAAGUGGCGUUACAGGAAGAACAGGUAGCAUUAAAGGUAAAAGAACUCGAGAGUCAAUACGAGGAGGAAGUAGAAAAAUUGCAACUUAAAAUGAAGUACAAAUAUAAAUGUUAAAUAAUGUAUGAAAAAGAAAAACAAUUAGCAUGCAAUAUAGCUUUUGUAGUUUAGGGUAAAUUGUAGUUAGAAGAGGCUGUUGAGGCUAGUUACGUUAUUAAUUUAAAAAGCACUUCAUUGUACAACACUUGAAAUAGGCGGUUUUUAUUCUCAUCGGGACCAGUGAGUCAAAAAAAAAAAAAAAAAUCUAGAAAUACUUUCGAUUUUACUCUUAUAUGAGCUCUCUAAUUUUGUAGAUAAAAACAAUCGUAUUAUCGAAAGUGAGAUUUUAAUGUACAAGUUUUUCUGUAUAAAUAUUCCAGUAGAAUUAAAGCUCGGUGUUAAUCUAUAAUUAGAAUUUUAUCUGAGGGAAAAUAUAUAUUUGAAGUAACUUUUCUCAACACGUUAUUUGUAGAGAUCUGACAUUUGAAGAAAGAAAUUACAAUUUAUUUUUCUUUUUGUUUUAAGCAAAUUGCUGUUGAUAAACUAUUGAAUGAAAGAAGAAAAUAAGUUAUAUAUAUAAUAAUUGACACGGCUAAUGUGGCUAUUAAUUUUGUAUAUAUAUAUACAUAUUAUUUAAAGAAAAAUCAAAAGAAGUUUUAAAUUAUAUUAGUCUUUUUUUUUUUAGUUGAAAAAGAGUUAAUCGAAUUUUCUAUUUCGCAGUGUUCUUAAGUAUAUGUAAUCAUUAAUUAUAUUAAUAUUGAGAGAAACAUUAUUUAUGCAUACUUCAUUUUGACAGUAUGUGACUCUCGAAGAUCUCCAUUUUGUAUUUUAUAUACAUAGUUUUAUCACUUAACAUGACAUAGAAAUAAUUGUCAUUUAACCAUCAAGAUUAUCAUUCAUUUUAAUUGAUCAGUAAUUAAACAUUAAAUACUCGAGUCAUUUUUGAUUUACAUAAUUAUUAUUUUUAAUAAUCUAAACAGUGCUAAAAUACUCAUAAUAUUGCUAAAAUUCUCUUUGAGAUUUGUCCACAAAAAUGUGUGUAUAGAAAGAAAAAAAAAAAAGUAACAAACGAAAAAGACUAAUGACGAUUUUAAGAAAAGUAAAGCAAGUACAAAAUAGAUUUUAGACUUUAAUGAAGAAGAAGAAAAAAAUGUCGUUACCUCGAAAAUUAUUAUUCGUCGUCGAGAUAAAAAAAAUUAUUGUUAAAAAAGACCAAAAAAGAUUUUACAAAAUUUAUAUUUUCGGGAGAUAAACAAAUUUUCGAAAUAAGAAAUUUUAGCAAAGAAAAAAUAUAUAGAAUAUAUUUCCUUUUUUUUUAUAAAUAAGGUAAUGAUACCAAUAGUGAGUUACCCAUAUUUUUUUUAAAUGACUAUAAUAACUUUCAUUGUACAAUGGACAAUUUGUAAUUUAAGAAUUAUUCAAAAGUCUGUUACAUACUAAAUUUAUAUUUACUGUCUAUUUCGAGUGUUUUUUUUUUAUUAAUUCUUUUUUAACAAAAAAACAAAAAUUGUGCAUAAUUAUGUAAUAUAUAGUCAUUAAUUAAGUUGCUAUUAAUCGAAUUCAGGUAAACAUUUAAAAUUUUAUAUUUCGCAAAUUUUAUAAAAAUUUUAUUUUUGUUAGACAUACACCUGAAGAGUUUAAUUUACUCAUUAAUUUAUGCCAUAAUUUAUUUUAAUUUUUUCUCUUUUUUAAGUUUCCACAUAUAUUGUAAAAUGUAUAGUUAUGAAAAAUUUAUUUUUUAAUCAAAUUAUUUUUACAAAAAGAAAUUAUUAUUUUUGUCUUCUCAAUUUCUAAUAUAAUCAAUUCCAUUUUCCGAUGAAAUAACGAUGAUUAAUUUUGAAAUAGUAACUCGCUAUUGCUGACUUUCCCUAAUUUAUUUUCUGUUUUUUUGAUGAUGAUGAAAAAAAAAAAAAAAAAAAAAAAUGUUUUUGUAAAUAUUAGAUGAGAAUUUCAAUACAUUUCAGUCAUUAAAAAAAAAAGUAUAUUACACGUUUUAAUCUGUAAUUUUAUAGAGAACUUCCAAUUCCAAGAAGAUUUAUAUUAUAGUAUAGUAGAUGUGACAUAUAGUAUUAAUUAAUUCAAUAACUGAACACUUUGAUUAAUUUCGUCGAUUAUAAUUGCAAUAAUUUUUUUUUUAUAUAAUUUAGAAAAUCUCUUUAUGGGCGAGUAAUCAAAGUGUUUAGAAAAAAAUAAUUCAUGUACUCAAAAAAAGAAAAAAGUAAAUUUUCAGUAAUUUGUACAAAGUAUAAUUCUAUAAAUAAGCUCUAUAUAUAUCCAGAUAUAUAUAUAAAUAUAUGAACAUGUAUUUUAUUUUUACGUACAAAAAAUUGUACAAAAAUGAGAAAAAAAGCUCUCUAAUUUUUUGAUUGUACGCGGUCAUGUUUCGUUUCAUUUUAUAAUUUAUGGAAAAACUCUAAAUUUUUACAAUUAUUAUAUUUUCUUUAAAAAUUAAUUUUUAUCUUCGAAAUUUCAAAUUUAAUUUUCCUUUUAUAAUUUUUAGUUUAAUUUAAAUUUAUCAUGAAAAAUUUAUUUCUGACAGAAUAUAUUUGUUUCAUUAAAAAAAAAAAAAAAAAUAGUCGAUUACAUUUUCUAAUAUAAAAUUUAAAAGCAGGAUAAAUAUAUAAAUUCUGAAAUAUUGUACAAUAUUUAAGAUCUCUGACAUUGAAUUGUAUUUUAAUUUUAAUUAUAAUAGUGUAUAAAGUCAUUUACAUUAUCCAAAUCUAUCAAAAAGAUAAAAAGAACUCAUUUCAUUUAAUUUAAAGUGCAUUUUAAAUUUCCUUAUUAGCAGUAUUUCUUGAUGUAUGUGACAGUAAAAUGGACUUAAAUGAACAAAAUAUUUAUAUAUUACAUUUUAUCACU